AUGGGUACUUUGUCGGAAUCGUACAAAUCGUGCUUGUCCAGUCCGUGUGUGACUCACGUAUUCCUGCCCACCAGUACGAGUAGGUCUAGAUUACAUGUAUGGCGAAGCGAUCAUGUAGAGUGGCCAAAAUGUAGGAGAUGA